GACGAUGAUGACUACCAUGGCAACGAAGAUGACGGUGAUGACGGCUUUAAGAUAAUUAGGGUCGAGGCGAGUGAAUGACGCGACAUUAAUUUUAAAAUAGCCGUUUCCACAAAUUAUCACUUAAUAUACAUAUUAUCACUUAAUAGUCACACACACUUCAACUUAUGACUCUCUCAUUUGCCUCUACGAAUAUUAUGGAUUUUACCUAAUAUAGACUUGAAAACUAAUAACAGGCAGCUAGUCCUUUACAAAAAAUGACUUUCUGAGGAAUAAUUUCUUGCAAUUCGUGAGGUACUUUUGUCGUUGUUGCUGUCGUUGUUGUUGCUGCUGUUGUCAAUAUAUUUACUUUAUUACUUCGCUUAGAGAUGCAGCAUCAUCAAAAAACGAUUGAAAAUUAAAUAUUCGCAAAUAAUUAUAAAUUCUAGAGGUCUUUCACUUGAUUCACUUGAUUCAGAAUACCAAUUAGGAAAUAAGAGUUUAAAAAAAAUAACGAAACGAAUUGAAUGAAGGAAACCACUAUGCAACCUUCGGAAAUUGAUGUCGAUGGAAUUCUGAGAGCUCUGGGAGACUCUAAGUACUUUCAUACUACUCAAUAUCUCAUCAUCUGCGCCUCGGCACUCACCGCUUCAGCCAACAGCUUUUUCUACGUAUUCAUAGCCACCAUUCCUGAAUACAGAUGUAAGAAUCUGACAGAGUUUCAACUCAGCCAAUACAAUAUAUCGAUCAGGGAAGAAGUGAAUCUGUCAUAUGAUAAAUGCUCUAUAGAUAUCAUCAAUACUGAUGGAGGGAUUACAAGAGAGAAUCGAACCCUGGACUGCCUUAAUGGCUAUUAUUAUACUGCACCUGUUGAUAAGUCUAUUGUGUCACAGUGGAACCUGGUUUGCAACAACGAAGGAUUGGCUGAAUCUACCCAAACGUUUUACAUUUUGGGCCAAGUGGUCAGUGGUCUACUGGCACCAUAUUUGAUUGAAAGAUUUGGACGGAAGCCUAUGAGGGUGUUAAGCAAUUUGUUCCUGGUGGUCUUCAACUUACUCUCUGCGUUUUCGUCGUUUUAUUGGUUGUUCGCAGCUGCGAGAUUUUUCACUGGAGGACUGCGAGAGGUAUAUGUUCUCAGUUCAGUAACUCUGGUGUGUGAGUUAUACCCAAAGGAAAAACGUAUCGUUAUGACUGGUAUAUUUUUGUUUAUCUGGAGCACGCUAAGUUGUUCACUUGGGCUGAUAGCCUACCUUUUAAAGGAUUAUAGUUGGAACACAUUAUUCUUGUUUAACGCCGUUGUAUCAGGAUAUUUCUUAGUAGACUUAUUGUUCAUGGAAGAAUCUCUCCGAUGGCUAUUUGCAAAUUCAAAAAUAAAAACUGCAAAGAAGAUUCUCAAAAAGGCAGCAGAACAAAACAAAGUUGAUUUUGAUAAUGUCUGGAAUAUAACUUUAAAAGAUGCCUCAAAACAACAAGCAGUUAGUCAUGUAAAUGAAACAAGUCUUGAGAGCCAAAACAAUGGGCCCAACAUUCCGAUUGAGUAUGUACAACCAUACAGUGAAAAAGAAGCUUCAACGUUUGCCAAGUUAAUUGCUAUCUUUAAAUUACCCUAUUUGAGGAAAAUUACUAUCGUUGUGUCUAUAGAAUGUGCAGUAGAUGUGGCAUCACUGAACAGUAUAUUGCUAAUGCCGGACAUUCUGGUGGGAAGUGUUUAUCUCAACUCUGCAAUAAUGUUUUUUGUCGAGGGCAUUUCCUCAUUUUUUUACACUACACUUGCUAAAAGAGGACAGCCAAACACUGGAUUACAUUGUUCUGGCAUUGUAUAUUUUGGCCAUUUCUGGACUGAGUGCUGCUGUUAAUGGUGACUAUAUCUACACCUCGGAAUUGUUUCCUACGGAAAUACGAAGCGCUGGAAAUGGUCUUGCCACGACUUUCAUGCGGAUUGUUUGCACAGCAGCGCCAUUCUUCAAACUAUUGGCUUUGGCUUUUCCAUGGGCUCCUGGUAUUAUUAUAGGAUUCGCAUGCGUAGCUUCCUCAAUUAUUAUUCGAGUAUUUUUACCGGAAACAGGAAACCGUGUUUUACCGCAGACAAUCGAAGAAGUUAACAGAAUGGGACAGGAACAUAAAAUGAAGAAGCUAAACAAAAUAUAAAAUGAAUCGUAAUAAGAUAAUCAUAGGAAUUAGGGAGAUUGGAAUCGGCAAGAUUAAAUUCAUUAAGAAUACAGAAUAUUAUUGUUAUGUUGGUGUGAAGUCGACUUCGCCUUUCAUCCUUUCCGGGUUGAUAAAACAAGUACCAGUUGAGCAGUGGGGCUGAUGCACACGACGUAACCCUUUCUCCGUAAUUGCUGGCUUCGUGGCAAAAUUUGAAACCAGUAUAAACAAACACAAAUAAUUACUAUCGUUGACAAAUAAUCUACUGUGUAUUUAAAAACUGAAAUUAUAGUUCUUUCACUCAAGAGAAAAUGCUUUCACUCAAGCGAAGUGCUUGAUGAAUUAUUUUCUUCUCCAUAACUUUUACUAAAUAACUUGCUGCUAUUUCUUUAUUAUGAUUUAGCUUUUUAAUUCAUUUACUUUAACUUAUUAAUUGAUUUAUUUAUACAAUAACUUUAACUACCAUCUAUAUAGAGCAUUCUUCUUUACAAUUUCUUCAACUCAGUAUCAGAUCUCUUCGAAUUAUCUUGCCAUGUCCCUCUAUUUCGUGCCUUUUUCUUUCUAAACACAUGUUUACAACCAUUCCUCUGUUAAUCUCAUUGACUCCUCUCCAACACUUCAUGCACGAGCACAUA